UACCCGAUUGAGCACGGUUGUUUUUGGCCGACCUUUUUGACGACCCGAUUGAGCACGAUAAAAAAUAUAAAUAUUGUGUACAACGUUGUCAGAUUUUCACUUUUUUAUUGAUCGUAUGAUUUAAUGUAUAUUAUAUUAUAUUUUUAUAGUUUCGAUUAUAUCAUAUUAUAAAUGAAUUAAUAGGUUAUAAACGGGAUUAAACGGUGGUUUUAAUAAAAUACGUGAACUAAGAUAAGAAAAUAUCGGUUACGACUUAGUAUUGACAUUAUUUCAUUAUUGUUCAAAAAAUAUCUAUAAAUUAUAUCAAUUGAUGGGUACACAUGGAAGUUGAAAAUAACUUUGAUAGAUAGGAAACCAGAAUUUUAUCUACAACGAUCGUACUAAAUUGUGAUUAACUGUCAUUGUAUGUACCUAUACAGUUAAUAAGGCCUGUGUCACAGUCAGUCUGUUCUGUUGUCUCGUGUGUGUAUUUUAAAAAUUAUGGAAAAUAAUAAAAUAAAAAUUAUCUUGUCCGAGAGAGGUAAAGAAUUCGCAAAUGUUGGAGAAUUUAAAUAUAGGUUUAUUGGUGUGAGAAACAAAGGCGAAUUGUUGAAAUGGAGAUGUACAAAAAAUGAUUGUACAGCAACAAUUUAUUCUGGACAAGAAAAAAAUAUCAUAGUACAAUCAAAUGGACAACAUAAUCAUGAGGGAAAUUCAUUAAAUAAAAUUCAAAGGCAAGUAUUACGUGAGAAUUGCAAACGACGGGCAGAAGAAUCAAUAUCAAUGCAACCACUUAAAUUAAUUAGACAUGAACUCCUUCAUAAUACUGAACUAACAUCAAUUGUCCAUAACGAUUUGAAAACAGUUCGUAAAGCCAUGUAUGAUCGACGAAGAAAAACACUUCCUGAAAUACCUAGGUCCCGAGAAGACAUAUUUUUGCAGUUACAUUCAAUAAAAACUCAAACUGAUUUUAUGUUUAACGGAAAGCAAUUUAUACAUAUUCCUGAAGAUGAAAGUUUCGUAUGUAUUACUAGUGCCGACAACUUACAAUUUAUGACAACGAAAUGCAGUGAUUUGUUUGCCGAUGGUACAUUCAAUUAUGCUCCUAAAUAUUUUACGCAAUUAUAUACAAUACACGGAUUCAAAAACGGCUAUUAUUUGCCUUUAGUUUACUUUUUUUUGUUUGAGAAAUCGAAAGAGAUGUAUAAAAAAAUUUGGCUAUUUCUUAAAGAAUUAUGUAUGAAAUGUAAUGAAACUGAAUUUAUACUACAAAAAUUACAUGUUGACUUCGAAAAAGCAGCUCACCAAGCUGCUUCUGAAGUUUUCGAAGAUUUACAAUUGAUAUCAUGCAGAUUUCAUUUAGGGCAAUCGUGGUGGAGAAAAAUAAACAGUGACUCUAUGCUCAGAUUAGCAUAUAAAAAAAAAGAUGAUGCUCUUGGAAAUUGGCUAAAAAUGUUUUUUGGAUUGGCUUUUCUUCCAAGCCAUGAAGUAUCUGAUGCAUUUGUCGAACUUAUUAGUGUAUGCCCAGAUGAAAUUGCAUGCACAGAAUUUUCUGAUUAUAUUUUUAAUAAUUACAUUGAUGACGGAUCUCAAUUUCCCCCAAAUAUAUGGGCUGAGGAACCAACGUUUAAUCCGAGAACUACUAAUGCAGCUGAAAGUUUCCAUAGAACAUACAAUUCCCAAUUUUACAAGGCACAUCCACACAUCCACUUGGUUAUUAUAGUGUUACAAGAAACUCAGGCUGAAACAAUUACGAAAAUGCAAUCUAUAGCAAGUCAAUCGUGCUCAAUCGUGUUCCAGCCGUUAGUAUGA